UAAGGGCGGGGUUUGUCAUAAUACGGGUGUGGACAAACGGAACGCGUCACGAUAGAAUUACGAUAUUAUAAAUGUUAGUUACCCCGCUCUCAUGGAGUUCGGUUGAUUAUUACACAUUUUACCAAGUUUCCGCUUUGUAUCAAAUCCAGGUCUGGGUUGGAGAGUGAAGACGUCGUUGCCACAUCUUACUAGCAAAACAUGUUUCUCUUUCACUCUACAGAUUAAAGCGGACUUGCACAUUUAAUAUGAAAAAUGAAAACUUUAAAUUCAGACGAAUUACAGAUAGCGGAGACCACUUUAUAUGCGCACUUGCCCAAAUCUUUAAAGGUGUAUGGAUUUGUUUUCGCCAUAAAUAGAGGGAAACCACACACUCUGGAGGUAGUGGUGGACUCGUGGCCUUUAUUCACAACUAUCAUUGUUCGACCAGAUCCAAACAAUUGUCGAGCGAAGGACUUUAUGAAGAAGGUGACUCUGUACACUACAGACGUUGAAGUUAUGAAAAGAAUGCUGACUGUGGAAAAUGCAAUUGACUGGAGAACAUACUUCUUAAUAGGAGGAUGUGAUGUGAGUCAUUCUCCUAUGCUGAAGGAGAUUGCUGCUUCUCGGGGUGUCACUAUGAAAGGAUUUACCUUAGUGCACCUUAUGACAUUAUCUGAGCCAAACCAGUUACCUGAGCUCAUGAACAGUGAGCUUGAGUCCAGAGUGUCAGUUCUUAAUGCGUCCCAUGCCGAUGUAGUUAACAAGACUUGGAAAUUUGGUGGGGAUGAGAAAGGUUACAACAGCAUCCUAAAUCUCAUCAGCCAUUUCCCCACAUGCUGCUUUACAGAUGAGAACAACCAGCCUGUGUCGUGGGUGCUGCUGUAUGAUUACUGUGCCAUAGGAAUGUUGUACACACAACCCGAGCAUCGCGGGAAGGGCUAUGCAAAAGUCCUGGUCACCACUAUGGCAAAGAGGCUACAUUCUCAGGGCUAUCCUGUUUACUGUUUUAUUGAGGAAUGCAAUCAGCUUUCAUACAAACUUUUUACAAGUCUUGGUUUUACAGAGGACCCUUCUUAUAGGGCUGCCUGGUAUGAAUUUAUUUAAUAGAGUUUUAAUAGUUCUUUGUAAUAGAAACACACUCCACAUCCUUAAACUAAUUCAUCGUAAAUCUUAAAAUUCAAAGAUCUAUUUUAUAUACUAUUGCAACAUUUUAAAUAUAUUGUUUAUGAUGAAUGCUGUUUUCUUUUGGUUUUAAACCACCAAAAAUCAUGCCUUUGUAAUGACAAAAGUGGAGGGAGUGCAUUACAUAUUUGGUAAACUUAAUAAUAAUUCCUUUUAGAUUAUGUACAUUUAAAUCAUGGAAAUGUCAAACUUUGAUUUAUAUUUUAAUAUUCAUAGCUAUUUGAAUGCGCAUGACUGCUGAUCGGUCAAGCGUUAUGUUUGUUAAUGAAUUAAUAAAGGUAUAAUAGAAAAUAUAAUGUGUUUAAAUGUAUUCAAGUGGGCAAUAAUAUUACAACAGAUUAAUUUGGGCUACUAUUGGUAAGGUAUUCACAACUUACCUGUCACAAGACAUGAAUGAUAAAAAAUAUAUGCAGGUUUCCUAAGGGGCUGUUCAAACUGAACUCUGAACAGAAUGUACAUGUUUCUGUUGAUCAUGGUUUAAAUAUUGUGGUUUGGGGGAUACAGUAUGAAGAAUUUACAAGUUUCCAUUGAUCAUGGUUUAAAUAUGUUUAACUUUGUUAUUUUUGUUCUAUGUCCUGGAUAUCCACAGGUCUAUGGAAAUAUUUUUUACCUCAACAGAAAUGGACAGAAAGCUGAUCCUAUUGAUGUGUUUGUUGACCAGAGUACAGAGUUGUACUCAUUAAACCAGAAUUUCGUGAGGUAUAAGG